AUGUUUAAGAUCUUUUCUUCAUCACCCAAGUCCAAAAGCAAAAGGGAUGGAUCCACGUCAAGUGGUCACAAGCUAUCCACCCACCCUCCGUCGUGGUUUGAGGACCUCCGAAAAGCCAAGAUCAUCUACCAAUGCGGCAACCGCAUCGUCUGGGUCAUGGAAAAUGUCUACAUCCUCAAACGGACGCAGUACACCAUCAACUCGGAGGCAGCCACCCACCGCUUCAUCACGGCCAACACCCCCAUCCCCUGCCCGCGCGUCUUCGGAGAGUGGCUCUCGCGCGACCGGAGCCAGCACUUCCUGCUCGAGGAGCGGGCGGGGGGCGUGACGCUGGGCCAGUGCUGGCCGCAGUUGUCGUCCGAGGACAAGAUCUACCUGGCGCAGCAGGUGGCCGACUACAUGUCCAAGCUGGCGCGGCGCUUCCGCGGCCGCCGCAUAGAGAGCGUGUCCGGCCAGGCCCUGCCCAUCAACUGCUUCGUGCCGGACGACUCCGGGUCCCGCGGCUUCCUCCACGGCCGCUGGCGCACCGACGACGACAUCUUCGACAACGAGUUCCUUCCUGCCCUCGAACGCACGGGGCUUCCCAGCUCCAUCAUCGGGGCUGUGCGCGCUACCAUGCCGCCUUGUCAGGGGCAACUGGCUUUGACGCAUUGUGAUUUGUACGUGGGGAAUAUCAUGGUGGAUCCGGACCGUGCUGUGGUCACGGCCAUUAUUGAUUGGGAGAGUGCCGGGUACUGGCCCGAGUGGUUCCAGUAUGCCCGCAUCACCCACGGGUGCAACCCGGACGACGCGCAGUGGAAGUAUGUGCUGAGCCGCGUGUGCCGUCCGCUGAUCCCCCAUGCCGACCACGGCCGUGUGUGGCUCGACAUGGUCCACCUGUUUCUAUCUUACCCGGCUAGCCUGCAAGCCCGCGCCUGGUUGAGGCUGUUGGGCAGCUAUCUGAAGGGGGAUAUCAGCUCGGGGGACAUGCAGGACUACAGGAAACUGGAUGGUCGCCAUGAGCACGAGUAUCGGGCAAAGGAGGCGGCUCGGUUGAAUAACAAGGGAUUGAAGGGAGAUCAGGGGUACUACAGCACUUGUUUACGUUUUUUGGGGUAA